AUGCCUCGAUCAUUUCUUGUUAAACUGAAAAAGAGUAGUCCCACCACAGUUCUUUGGGAUAAAGGUGAGUUCAACUUUUUGCCGGCGAAUUCUUGUAAGAUUUUCUUUAAUUGGAAUGAAAUGUAAUUUUCCUUGAACUGCAGAGAAAAUUUGGGGCAAAACCAAGCCUUGAAACACUGGAGUUUUUUAGAUUCAAAACUGCCACACUUCAUUAAAUAUUCAUUAGCAAGCAAAUAGAGACGGCAAAAUCUCAAACUGCUCUUUCUCGUUCUUUUUUCUAGCAGGUUCUGACGAGACCACGGCACCGCCUAACGUUUGGGAGCCAAUCCGAGUGGAAAUCGAACCGACGCAGAUCUUUCAGCCCAUCAAGUUGGAUCUUGCUACACUAGACCCAGAAUUUUUAACUGGAAAAGGACAGCUGACGCCGAAGGCACGCUUUUUCAGCCCGUUUACUUUUAAUUCCCUUCAGUUUAAUUCUGACCACUGCGACAUCGGUGUGGGCAAGCCAUUCUACAAAGAAGCGCCAUGCUCUUACGACUCUAGAAAUUGCAGUCCCGUUAGCCUCGAUGGUGCCUUGGUGCCUUCUCCAACGCGAAGCGAUGACGGUUACCCAAGCGCGGGAAUUUUUAUUCCCGGAAGUGGUUUUCUUGGACUGGAAAACACAAAACCCUCUUCGCUUCAAAUGCCGGGUACUGUAGUGAGUUCCGUCGGCCGCAAACGUCGUAACGGAGCACCCAAAACGUUUACCUGCGAAGUUUGCGGCAAAGUUUUCAACGCACAUUACAACCUGACGCGUCACAUGCCAGUACACACAGGCGCAAGACCGUUCAAGUGUAAAAUAUGCGGCAAGGGCUUCAGGCAGGCAAGCACGCUUUGUAGGCACAAGAUCAUCCAUACGAAAGAAAAGCCUCAUAAGUGUAACAUUUGCGGAAAAGCUUUUAACAGAUCCUCUACUCUCAACACUCACAUUCGUAUUCACGCCGGGUAUAAACCAUUUGUUUGUGACAUUUGCGGCAAAGGAUUCCAUCAAAAAGGAAACUACAAAAAUCACAGACUGACUCAUACUGGAGAAAAGCCCUUUAAGUGCCAUAUCUGUGGAAAGGCUUUCCAUCAAGUGUACAAUCUGACAUUUCACAUGCACACGCACAAUGACAAGAAACCAUUUACAUGCAAGGAAUGUGGUAAAGGCUUCUGCCGGAAUUUUGACCUUAAAAAGCAUGUCCGUAAAUUGCAUGAAAACAAAGAACAACGUGACAAAAGUUGAACAAUGAAGCACGCUUCGCAGUUGACCAUGAACUCAUAAAAAAGGGAAACGAUUGUUCGAGCGAGCACUUUCCUAUGUAAUUCAUAGCCUUAACUAUGUACAAACUAUAAAAAAAGUGUUACUGUAAAAAGACUAUAUAAGAAGACUAAACAGAAUUAUACGGCCUACGUUACAAUAUAACCCAGUUAAAGCGUCUGAUAUACAAUCCGUGUCCAGUAUAACGGAGAUAUUGACACGUGGAAAAACAAUGGUAGUUGAAAAGAAAAAGAUAAGAUGUGUACAUUAGAAAACAAUAACGAGUAUCUUGUUGUGAAUAUAUAAAUAUCGGUUUAUGUAGUCAUCUCCUUUGGUGAAAAUAUAAAGUUUAUCAAUAUGUGUAAAUUAUAAGAACGAAAGAACGAAAAAAAUAAAAUUUGAGGUGUUGUAAAGUAUUCGCAAGUCUAUAAGUUUUAUUCUGGACUGGAUUUAAUCAAAACAUAUGAUUUUAACGCUCUUAAAAUGUUUUUAAAUACGUAUUUAAUAUGUGAAUAUUCAAAAGCGCGUACUUCACAGUUUGAUGUAAAGUUUUAACAAGCAAAUGAAAAUACUUUCAAAACUUAAUUGGUAAAUGGAAGUUUUUAUUUGCAAAACGUUCAGUUUUAUUAAUUUAGGUUCGCCUGCUGAUACGUUAACUACCUGAGGUGUCCUCUCGGACCGAGCGGGAUACUCUCUCGCAUAUAUUAGCGGUAAAUAUAUUUUGUAUCGCAAAUGCGCUCACGAUGACCGCCGUAAACAAGAGAAAUCUGCAAAAAACAACGUACUUUAAAGCUAUUUUUUCAUUUUUACCUUUCAAAAUUUAAAAGUUAAUGAACAUUCUUUGGGUUGACUGAAAUUUUCAAACAGGCUACAAAAAAACAGGGCCGAGUUGUUCAAAGCUUGGUUAAGAUAACCCAGGGUUAGCGCGAAAUUUGAAUUCAGAUUUGACAGCUUAAAAAGCAAAUUCAGUUUAAUUAUUUUUUUUCUACAAUAUGAUGAUUGGAUGAUCUCCAAAAAAUAGAUAAAAUUAUCCGACGAAAUGCUUUCGAAUAAAAGAAAAAAAAAAAACAGAUCAAAAUUUAACCCCGGGUUAGCGCUAAUCGACCUUCGAACAACUGGAACUAAUUAAAAGUUUUAAAAAACGGAAGUGCAGACUCUUCUUUGCCUUUAUUUUUUCUGGGGCGUAAGGUUUUUAAAAUCUUCAGAUCGUGAUUUUUAGGUGAAAAUUAAAACACAUUUAAAUUAAUUAUAAUUUGAAUCCUGGCUCGUCUCUACUUCACAAUAAAUGAACUUGCCGGCGGAAUAAGACGAAAAAAAAAAAAAACGCGUAAGACGCUUACUACAUUGCCGCGUUGUACGGCGGGUUAUUGUUAAAGGGGCCUCUUUGACCGACCAUCCUGAUGUUUUAAUUCGCUAUACCAAAUUAAGAGAAGAUUUAAUGUAAUGAAGUGCUUGUAACAUAACCCCGUCUGGUAAAUCGUAAAAAGAGUUAGGAGAACACUCAGUAUGCAUGCGAUCAGUUAUGGACCAACUAACCACUAUCCACCCUGUUUAUUAGCAGCUGUGCUCUUUUUGGGGGGUAUUCAGACUGCCGUCGAACCUACGCGUCAAUUUUCAGCGAAUUUUGCUUCAAUUUUCAGCGAUACACAGAGUAUAAGAAAAAAGAUCGUGCUUUUACAAUUUAAUAACCCUUGUUAUAAGCAAGAAAAAAUAAGAUAAGCCAUAAGGCUUUUAAUUCAUGUCACUUAUUUGGGAACAUUUAAACUUACCACCACCACAAUUUUUCUUGCAAAACUAGUCGACUUUUUCCGCCAAUGUCUUGUUUCGGGCAUGCGCGCGUGGAAGGGGCAAUUUGAAAGAUUGCCUACUCGUAUUCGGAUGUAGGUUAAGCCCCGUGCAAACGGACGCAACAUUGUUGGCCAAAAACUCCCAACAUUGUUGGGUGCGACAUGUAACAAUGUUAGGAGUUGUUGCGUCCUUUUGCACCGGCGUAGCUUUAAGGUCUCUAAUACUUUCCUGAUCCUUGACAUCCCCCUGUACAGUGGUCAUCGCCACAUUCCUCCCUCUACAAGAGAAGUUUGGAAAUAAAGACUACGGUGGGUGAAAAUUUUAAAUUAAAUUCGCCCUUAUUUCGAACCCUUAUGUACGAUCAUUACAUUUCAAUGAAAACUCUUUCAUUCACUCUGUUACGCAAUGUAAUCGUACCUAUGGCGGGUCCCGAAGGAGCUUGGGGAACCUGUGCAAUGGCAGGAAGACUCAUCCAGCGGUCGGGAGAAAUAGCGUAAUGGUGCGUGAUAUCGAGGUAAUGAAAUGUCCUGGCCUGGAUGCUCAGUUUCGGGAUCAAAUGACCAAAAGAUCCUGGGCAGUUUUGAGGAUUUAAUGACUUUAAAUGGUAAGCGAGAUUUCUCCGAAAUAAAUCAUAGCUAUUUUGAUUGAUAACUUGAGCGUUUCUUGAAUUUAUUUAUAUAUUUUCAGGCGGAAAACGGUGUCAAUGGCGAAGCGGAGCAGGGACUGUGCUGGACUGUCAAGGUUUUAGACGCUAGCAAAGAUGGCGAGAUCGUCAAAUUUACGAUUCAAACAAACACUGUGAGUGUACAAACUUCAGCUACAGGCGAGGCCUUUCAAUCUCGUGCAAGCGCAUCCUGUUUAGCCAUGUUUGCAGCAAAUUAAGAUCAAUGCAAUCGAUGUUUCGGCAAUUUUGUUUGAGGGGGCAUACACAACUCAGCUCCGGUUUUAGGUGGAAUUCAAUCAUCUUAGAAAUUGAAAGUUAUCGGAACUUUUCAGACCUCAUACAUUAAAUUUGCAUGUAAUAGUUAUUGCUUUCGUAUUUGCAUCUCAUUGUUUCGCAUCUUGUUUUACGCACGUACCACGGAGAUCUUUCCGCCCCCUCCCCCUCCCCUUUAGUCUCCACUUCUUCUUCUUGGUGUUAGUAAGAAGAGGCUUUUUAUUCUUAAUAAUCACGUUUUCUAUUCUCAUGGCCCUCAUUUUUCACUAAAUACUCCUAUUCUUAGGAGAAAUUAGAUUCUGAUCACCAUUGGCAGCUCACAGAGCAGUCCCUUGAAUGUACUAGUCCACCCCUUCAAUUGCAGGGUGGGAAGGGCUUUCUAGGCUGGUUUAAAUGCACUUAGCUUUCUUAUAAAUUCCAGCAGAUGUUAUCAAGCAGAGAAUAAAUGCCAUGUGAAUUCUGAAUUCACAGUUGCAGGUUGUUGUUGCCCUCUUGUUUCUAAUAUUUUCUGCAACGUGUUCACAGGGUUCUUGUUCACAGUUUUUCCAUAUGAAUUACUACUUAAUUUUCCAGUGAGAUUAUCCACCUUGAAAUUAUUUAUUUUUAAAAAACCAAAUGAAAAUAACAGCUUGUUAUUGUAAACUUGAUUAUUAGGCUUUAUGUUCAUAUUGAACAGCUUAACUUAUAGAGCAAAGCUGUUCUAUAUGGAUGGUCUAGUUCAAUAUAGAUUAUUAAUAUUGUUAGUGGUGCUCUCCAAGAUACUUCUAUACGCUUCUAUACUUCUAUACGUUGCGCUUUAGAAAACUCAUACGCAAGGAAAUCUUAUUCAAACUUUACAAAGCGUAUAUUUUACCUCACUUUUAUUAUUGCUCCUCUGUCUGGCACUUUUGUGGAGCGCGCGAUGCGGAUAAGCUUGAAGCUUUAAAUAAAAGAAUACUUAGAUUUAUACUUGGAGAUUACUCGUCUCCAUACAACACUCUUCUCUCAAAAGUCAGCUCUACUUCUUUGUUUAACAAACGCAUUCAAAAUUUCCUCAUUCUGUUAUAUAAGAGUUUGUUUUUCACUCAUUUUCCUACUUAUAUGAAGAAUAUGUUUUCACUCCGGUCCUCUUCCUAUGAUCUUCGUGGCAACUACAUUCUUUCACUAAGUAAACCUAAAACAACUACCUAUGGUCUUAGCUCCUUUUCUUACUUUUCAGCUAAGCAGUGGAAUGCACUGCCGACUUUUUUUUCGUACCAGUUUUUUUUUUGCAGACUUUAAGACUAAAAUACAGGAUGUUACCUUCAUGUAGAUUCUUUUUGCCUGACAUACUUAAACUUAAAAUUGUAAAUUGUAAAUGAUAUUUUCUUUCCUUGCAUUUAAUGUAUAUAUAUAUUUUCUAUAUAGUUUUUAUGUAGUGUCAGCUCGAAGAUAUUAGCUUGUUAGCUACUCUAAAAUUCGAGUAUAAAUAAAGUUUUAUGUUAUGUAAUGUUAUAUGUUAUACUUUUCUUCUAAUACUUUGUUUAAAAUAUACUCCAACCAACCCAUAAAAAGUGUUUAUUUUUCCCUGUGAGAUUGCAUCUCAAAGGUAAUUGGCUUUCAGGCCACAGUGUGUCACUCACAAUCGUGUCUUCUGUGUUUUUCUGGAGAGAAAAAAAACAGACACUUUAUUUAUUAUCAGGAUUGGAAAAGUUAUUCAGUAAAAGAACAUUUAGUGUAAAAUCUCCAGUUUCUUCUCGGGGAGCUAGUGUGGGGCCUUGGCCUUGUCCCUAGGAAAUCAUUGUCUUUAGAGCUGAUGGGUUAACAACCAUUUUGUUAUUUUUAAAGGGUGAAGGAACUGGAAGUGAAGAAGAAAAAGGAGUGAUAGUCCUUCGACAAUUUGAAGAUUUAGAAUGGCUCUAUCACUGUUUAAUGGCACACAAUAACAUUGAUGGAGUUGUUGUAAGUUAACUAACAUUCAUCCAUUACCCCAAAGCAAAACUUGAAUUUACAGGCAAGGUUAGGUUAGGCUGCACAUUCCCAAAAUAAUGAUCAAUCAAUAAUUAUUUAAAUCUGUGUUGCUGUAUAAAAGGAUUCACUUAUGAGUUUCCCUAUUAAUGAUUUUAAAUCAAGCAGUUCUUCUAAUUCAGUUGACCUGUAGAAUGCUUUAGGUAAUUAAUAGUAUCAUUUUAUCCUAAUAUUUAGCAUUAGGUUCUGAAUAGAUCAUGUUUUCGUUGAUGUGGAACUCAACCUCUAGAGCGCAUUAUUAAUAAUAUGAUGUUAUCUUCUGUCAUCAUAUCCAGAUUCCUCCGUUACCUCCAAAGCCUGUCACUACAGUCAAUGCUGCUGAAGCCAAGUCAAAGAAACAGCUAGGUAGGAGAAGUCUGUAUACCUCUGACAGAAACACUCUAAAUACAGCCAAACAUGUAUGUAGCAGUCAUCCUUAGGAAAUGGCUAAACAACCUGUUAAUGCUGGCUCAAAGAAUGUGUAAAUUUUUGUUUCCUGUUUUCAGGAAAAGAUGCAAAACACAUGGUGGCUGAUGAAUUUUCAAGGGACUGUCGUAAUCUUGAGAAGUAAGUUCAAUAUGUCUUCAAUCUGGAGAUUUUCUUUAUUUUUUCCUCCCACCCCACCCCCGCCAUUAAAGGCAGUCAGCCUAGCCCCCUGUCCCCUAUUCAUUUUUGUAGGGGUACUUGCCUGGCAGUUUUUCUACAUGUACUUGUUCCGGGCAUCUGUGCGUAGCAUGUCUUACCCACCAGUUGACUUUUGGCCUCUUCACAUGAGUGCGGCUAGCCGAGCUAGCCUGGUCAGUGGUUGAUGAAAUUUGCCUUGGGAUCAUUUGAGAAAUUUCAGCCUGGUUUUCUGAGACGAGACAAAGCCAAAGAUCCUGGGUAUGAGUUUUGGCACCAAAUUUGCUGGGACACAAAGCAAACACGAUGAAACACAAAAAUUUUAAAUUUCACACCUAUCAUAGCUUCGGGAACUCUUAAAGCUGUAUCACUGCAGUUAAAUGGGGUGCUUAUGAUCUGGAAAAUAAAGCAGGAAAUGCAAGACGAUGCCAUCAGGACUGCCAGAAUUCAUCCCACUUUCAUCCUGUUAACUAGGCUGAAGUGUUUGGCAAAUUUCUAGCCCACUUACCGAGAUCUCGAAAACCCACCCAGGCCACCCUCUCAUAUGAACACAUUUAACACAAUUAGGAAGUAAGGUGAGAUUUCAGAAACCGGGCUCAUCUGGUUCAUAUCUGUGAAAAGCUUAAUUUUUUUUUUAAGUUCUUUCAGUUUUUAGGUUGAUCAUAUAAGUUGCAUAUCUCACGGCCACAUGCAUUUUUCUCAUAUUUCUGUGGUAUCGUCCUUUAGAUUUUUACAACUUGUUAUUGCGCACCCUGCCUUCUCAAAAGAUGAGGAUCUUCAAAAAUUUCUAAAAGAGGAAAAUGUGAGUUAUGACUUUGAAAGUAAUCAUUGUUGGUUCUGAGUGUUGUUGCAAUUAUGAUAAUUUAUUCUGCACGUUAUUGUACCUAAAAAGAGGCAUCCUUGGACUUUCCAAGGACAAAAAUUUCCUCCAUCUCCGAGAUGGUUUCUGUGAAGUAGCAGUGUGCAAAGAAAAUAGUGUCUGAUAGCCCAGGGCUAGUGGAUUUUGCUAUUAGGCUAGGGAAUUCUGUUCUUUACUUGCCCGAAAGCAAAUGAUUUGAAGGUUUAUUGGGGAUUUUAAUCAUGGAAGAACUGUUAUCAAUCCUGCGCAUCAAAAAAACAUUUCAGGCAAGUUGAAAUGACUUUUGAGUUAGUGCAUGCUACAAUCUCAGACAAACACUUUGUAAAAUUCUACUCCCUUUCAUUUCCUCCCUCCCUUUUGCAAUGUUGUGGUAGCCACGUAACUUCUCAACAUUGCAGAGGGAAAGGAGAAUGUGUGGCUGUUUCAAUGAUUUUUGGUGUGUAUUGUUACUGCAACUUGCCUGAAUAGCAAGCUGUAAAAGUGACUUUCUUUUCACUCUGAGUAGUUUGACUGUAUAUAUCCAAGGAAUUGUUUAUUUUGGGGAUCCAAUACUGCAUUUACUCAGUAGGACAACUUCUUAACUGAAGAUAGAAACAGAUGACAAAACAUGACUUAUGCUUUAAAAUAUAAUUUCUAAGGAGUCUUUCAUGACCUGUUUUCUCUUAUUCUGGUGCAUGUGUGCUGGGUAUGUGUUGGAUGAACCUUGGUAUGAAAAACAGUAUUUCAUUCUGGUUGAUCUUUUAUCAGUGAAGAUUGUAUGAUAUAAUGAGUAUGUGUAAUAUAUGUGGUGGCUAGUUGGAUUGUCAUAAAGUGCAACUUAUUCAUCUUGAUACCUUAUUGACUACAGUAGUUUAUCCUCAUUUGUUUUCAAGAGUUGUAGUUCCUUUUAUGUUUAUGCAUGGUCAAUAACUUGUUCUUUUAAUAGCCUCCAGUUAGAACCAAAGUCAAGAAAGGUGUGAUGGAAAGUUUGUCCAAAUCUGUUAGUGACUUGAGGCAUCACAAUCACAAGGUAUGGUUAUUAUUCUUGGUUUAAAUAAUAUUUCCAAUUUAUUUGCCAAAGUUACCAGUGCACAUGUACAUACUGUAUGAACAACCUCUUAAAGCUUCCUCAUUAAACAAAGUUGGUCAUGUCAAAACAAAUCAGUCUGCUAAAAAUUAGCUUGAUCCUGCAAGAAAUGAAAGUCAACCUAAAAAGUCACAAGCGCCUUUUUAACAGGAAACCCUUCAACUGGGAAAAAAAGUCUGCGUCUCAAGUUCUCUGUUUAAGGAAAUAGGAAUCAUUAUGAAACUCACUUGUUUGUUGGUGCUUGUUAUUAUUGUUUUAGGAUCUUGAUGAUGAAUUCCAGAAGAAAAGAGAUUUUGUGGAGCAAUACACACCUUUGACUAAAGAAACUUUUGGGGUAAGAAAAAAAAUAUUAGUGUCCAAAUGAUAACAUCAUCAGUUUAAUUUAGGGAAAAUUAGCCAACCUCUGUUAGCGACGUAGCUGCUUCUUUUCGCCAGUGGCCUGUAUUUAUUUAAACUCCCGUGCAGCCAUUGUUGGGUCUUUGUCAGGUGUUCCUUCCCCACAUUCGUGGGGGGAAUGGGGAGCGAAGCCCUAAGAACAUAUGAGUGAGAGGAUAGCACCUAUUGGAAGUUCAAUAAUCCAGUCCUAUUCUCUUAUUUUGAAAGCAGAGGAAGAUUAAUGAGAAGAAAAACUGUGAUCAGUUGGGUAAACACUGAGAAAAUGUCUGUAGUUUCUCGGCUGUCUCCCUUGGGUUCUUUCCGGCAUCUGCCCCCUUCUCAUUAUUGUCAUGCACCACAAUCCAAGAGAAUUUUAGCGUUCUUGCACCUUUGAAAAAAUUCCCGCACAAUAGCCUAGGGUACUUGCAUCUGCGUUCUUUUCCUCUCUAGUGACAUUUUUACAGUUGGACUACACUCUGUUCCGUAACUGUUUGACUGGUUUAUGUAAAAGGCUCUUACAAAACUUAUGGGGAAGACAAUUGUAUUGCAAUUGUUUUUUGGUGUGGGGGAUGGGUGCAAUCACCUAAUAACGUGACACAAUAGAUUGAAAAGACACUAACAAUACCCACACUGCAACACAAUGCCUAACCAACAAUGGUUUCCACAACACUAAGAAACACCCACUAAUCGCGUUCGUCAGAACGCAUCCUAAUCUUGGUAUUCCUGUGGUACAAAGCCACAAAUUUUCGAGGUAUCGCGGGCGACUGCCGAUUAGCCGCCCCUACUAAUUUUAUCAGGGACAUUUCGGCCAGGAAACUGGACUCCUUUCGACUCAAUUUCGUUUCGAUGAAUGACAAACGCCGAUCCUAGUAAUUAGUCUUUGAACAAAGUUACAGGGUGUAUUGUCUUCAGUGGAUGUGAUUUUUAUCCCUGCUAUUUUCUCCAUAAAUUUCUUCUUGUAGAACUUCAUCAAAAUGGUGCACAGUCAGCAACGUAAGUCAAAUCUAAUGAUUUUAAAACCCCUUUUAGUAGCUCGCAUCUGUGAGAGCUGUUAAUGAGCAAUGCUUAGACAUCCAGUCAAGCACGCACUAUCAUUAAAACUCCUUUAAGUUGCUAGCAUCUGUAAGAGCUGUCAAUGAGCAAUGCUUAGACAUCCGAUUAAGUUUGCACCAUCAUAAGCAUUCCAAACUUUUUUGAGCAUUCUAUAUUGUUAACUUAGCGUACAUUGUAAAAGCGUUACUAAGAAGAAUUUCAGUUCCUUUUGUUAAAUUAUUAAUAUUAGUUAAAAUAGUUGAGUAGCGCCGGAAAGUAAUAUCUACAUUUUGCUGGUCGGUCAAAGUUUAGAUGUGACAACAACAUUGUGGAGAUGUUUUUAAAUUCAUUUAUAAGUUACUGAUGUCUACCGUGUGAUAAAUGUUAGUACCAGGGACGAAACGAAUAUAAAUAAACGGCACCUGGAAAUGGGAAAAAAAUUGACCACUCAAGAUCCUUUGUUUUGCGACCUCUCAUCCAAUCUCUUUUUUUUUGGCGGAGCUGUAUAUAUUACGUUCUAUCAAGUGAUCGACCAUUCAAUUAUAUUUAAGUGUAGCCUUAAACGACGCAAACGUUGUUUUGGCUCGUUACGUGUUCCUCUCAAGCGAAUGACGGUUGUUGCGUGACGAGAGAAAAGAAAGUUAAAAGAUCAAUUUAGGUCUCUGGGAAACUGCCCACCUACCCCUCCCCUAAGUCAUCAUUUUGCCCUAAGUUAGAAGUAAGUGUUCAUGCUAGCUUAUGGGAGGGGUAGGUGGGCAGUUUCCCAGAAACCUAAAUUGCUUCAGAAAGUCUACGUAGGGUCUUAGCAUAAUUGAAUUUUGCAGGUGAGUUGUUGCUGAUGCUUGAUAAGGGGAAAUACAAUCUUGGGAAUAAGAAGAAAAUUUUACAUUUAAUAAACUGUGUAAUAAUGAUAAUAAUAAUAAUAAUAAUAAUAAUGUGUUUUUAGGAGUUGCUUUAGCUGUGGCUGAUUUUAGUAGCGCGGUAAUGACUGCAUCUGCUAUCGACGACAACAGCACAAAGGAAUUAAAAGGGUAAAUUAAAUUUAGACACUUUUUCGUAUAUUAAAUUGAUUUGUGUUAGACAUUCCAGAGUCUCUCCCACAAUCUUGUACCCAGCUUCCUCUCUGCCUCAGUAAUAAUACCACGAAAGAAGAAGAGCCAAAAAAACAAGUUUAUGAUAAGGAGUACUUACUCAAGAAACUGUUCUCUUUUAUCUUUCUUAAAGUCUUUCUCUUGUAACCGUGUCUCCUGGUCAUUAACGUUAUUUUGCAGAAACUUUGGCACCUUUUCAAGUUCACUUAAUGGUGUGAAGGUACGUCUUUAAUAGCUUGGUCCCUAGGUCAUAUUAUUACGCAGCUUGUGCGUUUCGGGUCACGUGGUCCGUUCGUCUCGGAGACGUCACCGAAAUGCAUUGACCGUGAAGGCCUGGAAAAAAGCCGCACAGGCAAAGUAGGCAAAGUAGAUCAGUCAACUUGAUUUCUUGUUCAUUGUUAUUUCCUCCUGAAGUUUCUCGAAUUUCACAUUAAAGCGUUUGGUGUUUUAUUUUUCCUUUGUUUUAGGAGUCCUUGGAUGUUAUGUCCACGAAUGAUGACAACACUUUAGGAUUUACCUUAGAACUUUAUUCAAGAUACAUGGAAGCAGCGAGGGUGGGUAACACAGCAGCAACAAUUUAUUGAAAUAAGAAAUAAUCGUCCAAAAAACUUGAGUGAAAUCUCUUGAAUAAAUGAGAUACUUUGUGACUUCUCUUGGCUCAAAACUCUCAGCAAUUGUUUUGAUCUCGUGUCCAACCAUAGGAGAUGCUUUUCCGACGAACCUACAAGAUGGUGGAAUUUGAGAAUGCUACAAAAGCACUAGAGAAAGCAAAACCAAAGAAUCAAGAAGCAGUAAGUGCCUUAUUCGCGAUAUAAAGUUAAUAUCUGUGGACGAAUAAGCCUUUGUUAAGAAUACUAUAUGCGUAAAAGCUUUUCUUUAGGAUUUCUAAAUUCCCAGUACUUCGUAACGAGGAUUAUUAUGAAAAGCCAAGUUUCUCUAAAUUCUUUCUUUUAAUUGUCAGUGGCGUCUAUUUAGUCAUUUUUUCUUUUUGUUUUCUGAUAUGUCAAAGUCCGCAUAUAACUUUGGUCUGGUUAUGUUAAUAUGUUUUUUCAGCUCCAGAAAGCUAAAGAAGAGGCUGAAGAAGCCUUCACUAAUAUUUCUGAAGUUUCUAAGAAAGAGGUGAGGUCACUGAUCGAAGUUUAGUAAACAUUUUGUGAUGGAGUACAGAGUGCACGAAUCUCCUUAUUAUUGCGGGGUAGCGGUUCAGUGCGUUCUUUAAAAUGGUGGAUAGACACCGAAAGCUUUGAAGAACUGGGAUCAAUUCAGGUUUCUGGGAAACUGCCCACUUACCCCUCCCCUAAGCCAUCGUUUUGCCUUAAGUGAGAAGUAAAAGUUAACUUUAGCUUAGGGGAGGGGUAGGUGGGCAGUUUCCCAGAAACCUAAAUUUAUCAAAGAUCUGAUAGGCUACUGGCGGAUAGGGGGGAACUUAAGCAACCUUCACAGCGACGGCAGUGAAAACGUUACUUGUAAAGUGCAUUCAUUUUUUUAUAAACUUUAUUAACGAUUAGCGAUUAUUAUAACUUGGCCAAUUUGCCACAUGUAGGCAAAGUUUCCCUUAGUAUUCUUAGCGACCGUCUCCAUCUGCAGAAAGACAAGAUAAGUUUGUCGUCGUGUGUAAAAUACUCCGCUGUGAACAGGCUCUCUGUUCGGGGGAAGAGGGCUAAAAAUCGCGAGGAGACAGCAAGGAAAACCAUGGACGAGAGGAAGUUAUUAUUAGUAAAUCAUUAUUGUGGCCACUAAGUGGAACGGGAGGUUAUUGUUACAAAUAAAGGCUUGGCUUCUGGGGUUUUAAUAACGGCCGCUUUUCCGUUUAUUGAAAGUAAUAAGUGUGGCACCAAGUGUGAUAUCGCUGAUGAUAUCUUUUAUGUGUUUCAGUUGGGUCGUUACAACAGACAGAGAGUGUUGAGCCUGCAGGCAAGUCUUAUCCAGUACGCGGAGUCUCGACUGAAAAAUGGAAGAGAUACGUACGCCAUAUUAGCUAAACUAUUAAAUGAUCUUAAGAAAUCUUCCUAACUCACUAGGUAAUUGAAUGCUUGAUGGUUUGGUUAAAUAUUAUUUUUUAAUGGGAAAUCACGAAUGAUGUGAAAUAACAUUAAGCUUUGCUGGCACAAUUGAUUUCCAUCUUAUUUGUAGUAAUGUUUUCCAAUUGCAGCAAAUUUUAAAUUGACAAAAUCGCACUAAAAGUUUAUAAAAUAACGAUCACUUAAAGGGUAUAGGUAAAAAAAUUUUCUUUUCUGUGAUCAUUAGUAAUUGAUUACACAAGAAAAGUGGUAGAAAAAUGUGAAAAUUAUGUAUUUUUUGACAAUGAAAUUUAAAACAUAUAAAAGAACCUCGUUUACAGUGACGUGUCGGCAACAAAAAUAUGAUAAAUCAUCAUUCACCACGUUAGAAAUGAGAAAUUGUUACUGAGGACAUAGAAAUAGGCCAGUUUUUCAUCCCCCAUGAUGCACCUUAUUUGCCCCCAAAAUUUGCAUAAGCGUUGUUUUCAAUUUUCUCUUGGGACGGCUGUAAUACACAGGAGAAAUGAAAAACAAAGGUUAUGCAAAAUUUUGGGUGGCAAAUAAAGUGCAUUAUGGGAGAUGCGCAAGUGGCGUAUACACUGGCCAAUAGCUGACCGGCGCGUCCCCAGUAGCGAUCCCAGAAGUCUUUGCAAAAGCUAACUCGGCUCAGUUUCCUUCUCGUUUCUCAAGUGGCGAAUGGUGAAUAGUAAAUAGGCAGGUUAAGCAGCAACGUUUUCUAGCAAUCGCAACUGAGCUUUUUUCUCCUUUAAUAUGCCUUGAUGCCACCAAAUUUAGACUGUUCACAGUCCUCUAUUUUCCCGUAAGAUCAUCGAGAUCGAGCGCUUUCUGUUACGGGCUGCCAACUUGCAUGAGUGUCAAAACUACUUAGGGGGCGGGGGCGGAUGGGAGGAAGCGAGAAAAAUAGAGGGACUGUAAUAACAUCACUGCAGCUCGCGUUCAGGAGGCGUGACAGGAAUUUCACGCCUUUUACCAUUCAGUAAUUAAGAAACUCCGCUGGUGAUGAAAAACAUGCCAGACACAUUUAGCAUCGAUUACGCGUGUUUACAAAUACCCCUUUUCGAAACCAUAAUUUUAUAAUGUUUCUGGGUUAUUCCUCGAAAUAAAAUCGGCAAACAUGCACAAGAAAACAUUUUCCUAAUCAAAAUGCCAAAAAUCCUUCGUGUGUUAGCGCAAGAUGUGCCUUAUGGUAUGAAAGCGUACGUUUUAUGGAAAAGUCGACUUGUCAACGACUUGUCAAUUUAGGCAACUUAAACUAAACCCGUUGUCAACGCAAAUUAACAUCUAUUGUCUAAUGACCAAUCAAAUGCCUGCGUUGCUGGUACAACGCGCUUCGUGAACACGAGCUGUGGUGAUGUUAUUACAGUCCCUCUAUUUUUCUCGCCCCCCCAGAGCUAUAAUCCCCUCGGUACAUUUGAAAAUCAAGAUACCCGUGACGGUAAGACGCGGUAUAUCUAAACGAUCUCACGAAAAAAUAGGGGACUGCGAACAGUCUAACCAAAUUUGUAUGGCUAAAUGUCUUUAUUCCUAUAGAGACGAUUUGCCUAAAAGUUUGUUCAAAAUUACGGCGUAAGUGUGCAAAAAGUCCACUUUCGGUUGGCGUGCGCGCUGAAAAACGUCUAGUUGUUAACCGUAAUUAGUUGCCCCCAUAUUGUUGGGGCUUUUGAUAAAAGCUGGCCUCUGUAGGGCUCUCAGAUUCCAAUUCCACUUACGUUGUUAGUUUCAAAUGAUAGUCGACUGAUUACGAAAACGCCAUGCUAUUUGCAUUAAUUGCUGAUCCCCUUGAGGCAUAUAAUUAUUUUUUGCAUUUUUUUCUGAAGCUAACAUUUUGUCGACAACUUACCUAUCUUUUACAUAUCCUGGCCCGUUCUCUUUAUAAAUGUAGAUUAAAACCAAUUUUGAUAUA